AACUAGACAGAAUUUCGUUUUGCAUUUUCUCGCCCUCGUCUGUCAAAUUGACUGCAAAUAGUCUCGCCUUACGCGUCCAAAAUAUGUCAACGGGUAUUUUUAUUUAUAGUACUUGAGUAAUUAACAUUUCCAUUGAGCAACUGAGUUCAUAACGCAAUCGCGAAGGGUUGGAGCUGCGGAGAUGGUUGUGAGGGGGUAUUAUCCUGGAUUGUGAAGGUUGUCCGAUAAUUUUUGGAGAUUGCUUCGUUGGAGGGGCUGUAGAUAAUUUUUUCAAGACAAUUAGUCCAUCCUGAAAGUGCACAGUUGGUGACUUUGAGAGUUAGAGUGAUCGGAGUGAACGAAGGAUGAUCUUUGUGCGGAGUUAGGGGUGCGAGAAGGAAGAGAGCUCGUCAUUAUGUCUCCUGGGGUUAAUGAUGGACCCCGAAAGACUGGAACACUCCCCAAAAGCAAUAGGAGAAAUGAUCGGAACCGAGAUGUUGCUAAUGCGACGAGGCAGGUUGGGAGGACUGCUUAUGACAGACGACUGCAUCCCAACAACCUGCUUGAUUGGCAGCCAGUGAGUGACCGGGAACCUGGCAGAACCACGAAGAAUAGUAACGCGAGGUCCACAUCGUCAGUUCCAUCGACUUCGUAUCAGGACCUUGCUGAUAUCGCUUCAUACCAUCGACAGUACAAUUACACUGGAGAGGAUUACAUCCCCUGGCAGGAAAUGGCUCAACCGAUGGACUCACGCGCGCAGUCCCCUCCAAGCCUUCAAAAUUCAAAACCCACGAAUGUCGACAAAAUGCCAGAUCGUCGUCAGGUGGAGAGCCGAUUGAAUCAGAUCCGAGACUAUAUCAGAGUGACAUCAACCAUGAUGGACUCGUUGAACCAAUCCUCUGAUCCACGUGCACGUGCUCAACACGAUAAACUAGCUAAAAUGGUGGAGGAUCUGUGUGACAGUGAGACGAAACUGGCUAAACUCUUGGAGGACUAUCGUGGAUUGCCAGAUGAGCUAAAGCCCGAUGACCGCCAGUCCCAGUGCUCCAGCCAGAUGAAGUGUUUCACUGAACUGCUAGACAUGCUUGGCUCUCAAGAUAAUUUUGUCAUAUCUAAUAUUAAUCAGAGGAUCGAUAGAGAGGAUGGAGAAGAGCCCCUCGAGGCGAAGCUCCGUAAGAAGAUGGAGGCGUCCCAGCGUAAAUUAGCGCAGCUCCAGGAGCACCAGGCGAACCUAGUUGGGAUGCAGUUGAGAGUUCGUGAGAGAUUGAACGAGGCUCGUCAGGCCCAACAGCUGCUGCUCCUGCAGGAGAACGAGCAAGCCAAUGCAGCUAUUCCCCUGCCCUAUGACAAUGGGAAUCGUUCCCAGCAGCAGCUGGUGAACGAUGCAGACGCCCUCGAGUCUGAGACAAUUGCCCUGAGAGGGAAAUUAACGCAGCUUCAGAACAAAAAGAAGCAGAUGGACACUCUUGUUUCCGAACUGCAGGCUGCGGAGUUGUCUGACAGGGCCAGCUGCAGUUCAGAGAACUCUAAACACACUGAACGCGACAAAGUUGCUGAGUUGGAGGUCCUCAAGGCCCAGUUGGCCCACCUCAAAGGGCUUAUGGAGGAGGCCACGAGGGUCAGGGAUGCCUUCAAUUCAACAUCUGAAACCGAUGCUGAGGCAAUCAAUGGGUGCUGCGAGAAUGGGGAAGUGGAGGAAGAUGGGGAUGUUGCUGCGUCGUUCAACUCCUUUGACAGGAACAGUGAGACUGAUGAGAGUCCCGGGAAGUUUAAUAAUUCUAAGGAGCAACUGACCGUUGAACAAAUUCAGGCAGUGACUCGUGAAUUAAAAGAGCAACAAGUCCUCCUCCAGUCAGCCAGAGCCGAGCUCCAGCGUCUGAAGAAUCCCUCCUCAUUUCCCCCAGUUCCAGCUCCAAUGCUAUUCUUACCAGGCACAACGUCCCCCUCCUCAUUCGCUGCAUUCACUCCCUCCGAUAAAAAACAAAGCAAUAACAACAAUAACAAUCACAAUAACAACAAUAAUGCCCACGUGGAUGUGCCACAGGCACCAGGUGGUCAUGAGAAUCAGGGCCAGGCGUCCCAGGCGACUAGGGCGCAGAAUAAAAAACGUCAGCUGGAGGAAUUGGUACGUAAAGAUCAGAGUCAGUCGUCGAGUGUGAACCGAGACGUUGGAGCUGCUGGAUGGGGGAGUAGGAGGGGCUCAAAUUCACACAGGAGCCACACUAGUACACCUGCUAAUAUUUGGCCUGGACCUAGUGCUAUUGUCGGAAGUUCAAACGAGCCAAGUGUAGACGGUAUAUCAACAACGGACAAUCUCUUAGACAUCGGACCCCACGUCCCAGCAAUUGAGAAUGGAUUUCCCCCGAGCUGGUGGAACAUGUCGGCCCCUCCAGUGUCCCAACCCCAAGGUCCAGCCCACUCGACCGAGUACUACCGUCAAUUACUGAUGAGCUCGCAAGCCCAACAGCUCCAGAUGAUGAGUACAACGAUGCAGCAGUGCUGCCAACUCCUCUGGGCCCAGCAGCGUGAGCUCCAGUCAAUGAGAUCAGCUAUAACCCAACUCCAGCAGCAGUUUCGGCAGGCCCAAGCACCUGGGGUCAACGAGAAUCGUGAGGACUACUCGAAUCUGAGUCGAUCCAUUCAUCAUCUGGAGAACACUCUGGACUCAACACUUCCACCUAGUUCAUCUCUACCGAAUCUAGUCUCACUACCCACCACUUCACAGACACCUGCUCAUCCUCCGAUAAUAGCUUCAGCCAAUUCUCAUCAGCAUCAUAAUCAUCAGCAGUUGAACAAUCAGGUACCACCUGGCAAUCGGGCCAACAACUACUGGGACAAUUUUCGAAGUUACUCCAGACAGAAUCUUUUGUCUGGAACCCCUAAAACAUUGAGUGAUUCAAUGCCAGGACCGUCUAGCAAUACUAACACAACGACUAAUACAACAGCAAGUGGACUUCAUAUUUCACAUUUGCGAGACAAGAGAAAUCGUGAGCACGCUGCUGACAAUCUCUCCCUGCCCUCUCUCACCGGUUCAGACGCCCAGUACUCCCUAAACCUCCAAAUGCAGUCUAAUAUUCAGUCGCACGAGCGAGAGAUCCCAGCAUCGAGAACAAAUAUUUUAUCGAAUGAGGCUGCACAGAUGCAGCAGGUGGAGAACUUCUGGGAGGACGCACACUCGUCCUUCCGAUUGGUCCCAGAGAGCAACGAAGACAUUUAUUCCCUUCGUCAUCUCAAUGCAGAAAUGCGAGACGUUCUAGUUUCCCUGGUUGCUGCCAACAAGAGGAGGCCAGAUUACCUCGUCAUUAUUCUGAGGGAGAUCAAGGCUAUCAGCGAGGAUCAGAGACUGCGACCGAGGCUCCUGAGGUCCCUGAGGGCUCUACAGGACAUGCAGACCUCCAGCAAUCCUCUGAAUGAAGUCCCGGAUCAGACAGCCAGUGAGAGCUGUCAAUCCAGCGAUGAUGACUCUGAUGUUGGUGCACGGGGGGGUUCGUUGAUGAAUUCAAACGUUGAGAGUCAGUCGCUCCUGACGGAGAUGUUCUUGCCGAUGCAUUCUUCUAUGCAGGUGCCACAGAGCAUUGCUGCACCAUUCCCUGAGAAUUUUGAUUUUGAGGGGGCAAUGCAGCUGGAGACCAUCAAUGCUCUUCCCUCGAUGUCUUCUAUUUCCGCUGGGUACAACGAGGACUUGGCUGAAGCUGAUCAAUCCCGUCCGGACGCCUCCAAUGAUCAACAGAACUCCUUCGAUGAAGGAAGUGACGAAGGAGAGGACAAUGAGCCGCUCUCCCACAUGGCCCCAGUUCAAGGAGCUGCAGCUGUAGAACUAGACAGAGAACAAUUCCCUGGUCAGGAUCCAAAUGACCAAGAAGCUUUCGGUGACAGCCCCAUACUGGAUAGAAUUCCCACGAGACUCCUCCAUCACUAGCGGUGCUUCCCUCCCUCUCCUUCAUUCCUGUUCUCGCCAGUGAGCCUUAAACUACUUAUUAUUAAUUUCUUCGUGAUAAUGCUGUCGGUUCAACUCUUUGUAACGUUAUUUCUUAAAUCGUUGUAAUAAACUGUAUUGAAGUAUAUCGAAAA